AUGAUACAGAAAAUUAGAAUGGCUGGAUUGGGUUGGGAGGAACUCACUUUCGACUUUGGCGACCAGAGCGUAGAGGCUGUAUUCUCCAGCCACAAUUUUCUGACCCAGGGGACCUUUUCCAUCGGCCACUUCAGGCCCAAGGAGCUUUACAUACUCAUCGGCCGAAUCGCCCACGGUUCGCUCAACCACCGUCAUCCCCAGCUGCAGAUCAAAAGCCAUUCCUACGAGUUGGCGGUUAGUAUUGGCAAAGCACCCGUUGAGCUGUCUAGACGCAACAAACUUACUCCAUCCAGCGAUAUCAUAUACCUUGAUUUCCAAGUCGACAAAUUCGCCCUCCUCAUCGAAGAUUUCGCAUUCAAGCUAUGCAAAUUCGUCAAUUUGAUUCUUGCAUAG